AACCUUGUAGAUUAUACAUCGCACUUUGGAUAUUAUUUUCAAGUUCUUCAACAUUCCCAACCCUAACCCCAAGAACACUGAUGCUUCAAGUGGGUUUUUAGAAUCCAAACCAAAAAUUGGAGAAUCUACUACACCGAUUAGAGAUUUCAAGGUUGUUGAAUCUGAAGAGGCAAUACCAAUUCCAAGGGAUAUUGAUGAAGAAGAAGAUGAUUCUCUUGAGUUGGAAUUGAUUCCUCCAUUUUUCUUUGUCGACAAUGAAGAAGUUGAUUCUCUAGAGGAUUUGAUUCCUUCUUAUUUCUUUGAAGAAGAUGUUGAUUCUACCGAAUUUGAUUGAAUUCCUCAUUUCUUCUUCGUUGAAAACGAAGGUGUUGAUUCACUUCAUGGUGUGAGGGUACAAAUUAAGGAAAUUGCGAAAUCAGAUAUGAAUGUCUUCUCCAAGUUGAUUCAAGUCAAAAUUGACGGCGUGAAAGAUUUUGAGAUGCAUAGUUGCUUCAAUUUUUUUGAGGAGUUUUGCAAAAAUCCUGAGUACUUGAAGGAGUUGUUCUUUCAUCACAACAAGUUACUCUCUAUGGAUUUUUUUUUCUCCAUCUUGAUGUCACUCGAUGCUUAUUUGAUCGAGGUAAGUAUGCUGUUUUAUCAUCGUUUACUUCUGAGAACAACCUUGAGCAAUUGAUUCAUAGCUUUGGGUAUGAUUCAGAUUUGUGCUUUAUCAAUUUGUUUGUUAAUAAUGCUGAAAUUCAUGAUGCUAGUAGUAAUCUGUUUGUAAGAAUGCCACAAAGAGACAAUGUGUGGAGUUUACUACAUGAUGGUAUCUGUUUUUAUUUCCAUUGGGACUUUACUUGUUCCUUCUUUAACCCUGGUAAAUGUACAACUAUACCCAGUUCUACUUAUAAAGGAAAAUUAAUCCUUCACUGGAAUUCUAGUCUUGGGUGUCAGUCACAUAUGUUUAUAAGUUCAACUGGAUUGGUGUCUGUUAAUAAUGGAGACAGUGGUUGUAAGGGUAAGAUAUUAGUGAAAUUGGCACGAACAACUAUAUCUAGCAUGACUCUGUGGACGAUGGUGGUUGUAACUGAGCAGAUUUAUCAAAUGAUUGUUAACACGCGUAAGUCAAGAUACACAAUCAGGGUUAAUAAAUACCUACUCAUUAUCAUCAUAUUUGACCGUCGGAUUUAUGAUCGGGGAAAUGUGUUUGAUAGUAAAGGGUAUUUUUAUUUUUUUGAUGCUUUUGAAUCUUGUGUUGACACAACUACUUCCCGAGUCACUGUUCUUUUUGUGUCAAAUGGGAUGGAUGACUAUACUGUCGAAUCUGUGUAUGGGCUGGUCUCGAAGUUUUAGUUUUAUUUAAACUUGAUAUUUGCAUCUUCGAAGGUGUUUUUGUGGGUUAUCCCUGGGCGCAGUAGUAGUGCUUACGCGCUGGCUGAUGAAGUGCUCGAGAGUAAUGUGAAUAGUACUAUGCUCCUUGUCUGGAAAGUGCAAGCAAAGACAAAAAGAUUUCUAUGUUAUUUUUUCUCUGACAUUUUCAAUCGCAGGACUAAAUGUGUUAAGCCACCUCCAUUCCACACUUCACCUAUAUACUUUCAUGGGUUCUGUCAAAUGAAUCUCUGGCCUGAUGUCUAUCCUUGGAGCUGGAAUUUUCCAAGUCCUACGCAGACGAUCUAUAUCACCUUUCAUGUUCGCGAGGACGAUGUCCAGACAAUUCAGUGUACGGGUUUGUUUCUUUUUUACCCUUAUUUUCGAACUUGCUGUGCUAAUUGGUUUAGAGUUUAUAGUGGGUCAAAACACUUGGGAAGGACUCCGUUCUGUGGGUUUAUUACGUAUGAUACAUUAUCCAUACUUCACCAUGUGUUAUUAUAUCUGCAUCCUUGGGUCCUCUUUCAUGUUGACUUAUGGUUUCGUAAGUCUCAACUUAAUGGGUUUGACCAGAAUUCUAUAACUUGUGCAUUGGUUAGGCAGGUAACUGCGCAACUGAUUCAGUUUGACAGUCCAGCUGGUGAUUUUCCUUAUGAGCAUUUGAUUUUUCGGUUUCUUACUAGCUUGGGCUACCACUCAGAAUUUUCGGCUUUACGAUUCAUUGUUCUUCUAUAUGUUACUGAUGCUGACAUUGUUGAUAAGAAGAAACUGACAGUUACAAUGGCUGCAAGAAAUGGAAAUUUGAGUCAUUUGGCUGAGAGUUUAGUGUGGAGAUUGCAUAGUGGUGAUGCUACAGCGUUCAUACUUGCUGAAUUGUGGGAGAUUCGUGCAAGGGAACAAGAGCACAAACAGUGGUUGCCAAAACCACAAUUUCCUUCCUACACAAUCGAUUUCACCAAGGUACCAUUUACUUCUGUUGUUUGGUAUCUUGAAUGUGUUUGCUUUUGUUAUAAACGGAAAACGAUGUGAUGCUCGUCAGCUGGUUAAUGAAAGGCCGCAACAAGUUUAUAUUCCUUGGUCUAUUUUGUUACUACAAAUGGUAAGGAAAAAGGAAUUUGGUGGUAUUCCAGCACUGCAUGUUUUUCUACAAAUCUGUUUGUUUGCAAGAAACAAGAGUGAUAACCAGUACUUCGUGGUGGAAAGUGGGUUCCCAACACCAUCUACUCAACAAAUAUGGACACCACUGAAAGUUUCUACCAGUAUAGGCACGCCAUUCCUAGAGCAAGCAACGGCUGUAUAUUCCACAUUCUCAGCAAAGGGCCUACGACUACAACUGUACCUGCAAGUACCAUUACUGAGGAGGAGCCAUGUGUUGGCUCAUGCGAGAUUUUUUUUCCCGAUAUUGGAUCGCGAACUUUACCAUCCAUUUACAGAGAUGGGAAGUUCUGAAGCCUCUAGCCGUGGUUCGUGGUGGAUGCCAAGCACAAGAAAGUUCAUUCCAAUUGUGACCUUAUUGGCUCUUGGGAGUUUCGCAUGCCGUUGGCCCAUAUUUUUUCGUCCAUUGCUGCUCUUGCUAUUGCAACCACAGAUGACUCCUUACUUCUACACCAGAUUUGCAUAGUUCACAUCCUUGAGGACAAGGAUGUUCUUAAGGAGGAGGGAAUGUCAUGUACCCGAUAUCGUAAUGGGGUGCCCAUAUCAUAAUAGGUCGGUUAUUAGUACUUAGCUUACUGUAGUUCCUUUUAUCAUUUGUAAGGGUACUAAAUAGUAGUUGUCUUUACUCUUAACCUAGCUAUAUAAGGAUAGUGGUCUGUAGUGGAAACUUCAUCGAAUUGUUAAUGAAACAAAAUAGACGUUGUUGUUCUUAGUC